UCUUUUCUGUUUCUCUUAGGCACCCGUCGCCAGCUAGAGUUUGACCACACUGUUGAUGGAAAGCGCCUUAAAAAUCACGUGAUUCGUACUAUUGACGUCACCUGUGAAAGAUCCUGCCGGGCUUUGUGCUACAUGGAACCAAAUUGUGUCAGUUACAACUUCAACAAAGUCACAAGGAAAUGUGAGCUGAAUAAUUCCACUAUAAAAGACAGUGAAGAAAUGUUGGAAACAAAUCCAGAUUACGUAUACCUUGGAGCUAAUGUAAGUUUUUGCUAUUAAGUUUACCUUAAUUCAUGUUAUAUGUUUAUGCAUGCUAAGAUUACUUUCAAAUUAAUCAGUCGUUGUGGAGGCAUUAAGAAUGUCUGUUUUCUUUCCAGAACGCUUGUGAAAAUGAACAGUGCAAAAACAAUGCAACCUGUCAAACAGGUUUUACAGACAGUGGAUACCGCUGUAUAUGCACUUCUGGAUUUGAAGGAAAGUACUGUGAGAUUGGUAAG